AUGGUGUAUGGCGGUAAGCCAAGCACUGGAUGUCACCUGUGUCGUAAACGCAAGAUAAAGUGUGAUGAAGGUCGCCCCGGAUGUCGUAACUGUGGUGUUUAUGGCCGGCCUUGUCCGGGAUACCGACCAGAUGCGGUCUUUCGCAAUGAGACCAGGAAGACUGAACGAUUGGUGAGGAAAGAUGCGAGCUCAUCGUCAAGUGAUAGCGACAGUCAAAAUACUACCACGCCGAGUACCCCGGCUGAUCACUCUGGAGUCAUUGACAUCCGUCGCGGAAACCAGACUCGAGAGCAUUCGUUAACGACGAUUCAAAUCGCGGAUUCCACAUGGGAACACCGCGCAAUAUGUUAUUUCUUUGACCAAUAUACAAUAUCUGCCGAAUUCGAAGAUGGUAUGAGCCAUCUCGAAUAUGUGCCUAAUUUAUAUGCACGCGCUGUUGAGCGGAACGACUGGAAGGCAUCGUCCUCGUGCCUUCGCCAUGCAGUGGACGCAACCUCUCUGAUGACUUUUGGCAAUAUUUCAAACGCGCCGCAAUUUGUCAUGAAGGCUCGUCAGGGGUAUGGGAAGGCCCUGCGCAGCUUACGAGAUGCUUUGGCAGAGCCUUCUACGGCGGUUCAAGACGAGACUUUUGCGGCGGUGGUGCUCCUCUCGCUUUUCGAAGAUAUAAGUGGCGAACGAAAUGGGCUGUAUAGCUCACAUACAGCGGGGUUCGAAUUCUUGAUGAAAGUCCGGGGCGAGGGCCAACUGGAAUCCCAGAUGGGUCGUGAUAUGUUCAACUUCGCCUUUACACAUACUGUAUGUCUCUUCACAGCCCAUAUUUUCCAGAAGCAUGGUAUUGAUUUCUUUUUGCUCCAGUUUGUUGAAAUCCUCGCCUUGGGAGAUAAACCAAGAUACGAUAUUAACUGGGUGUUGUCUUUUCUGGACAGCAACGACCCAAUCGAGCGACUCAUGCUCGCUGCGUCCAAAAUCAGCACACUGAUGCUGGCAAUACAAUCGUCUUCUAAACCACCGGAUCAAGCGACCGUGGAAUCUUGGAUUUCCCUCGGGCGUGAAUGUGAUUUUGAGCUUUCACAAUGGACAUUACAUUUGACCGAGCGCUGGCUGCCACUGGUUGUAUACUCGUCCCAGGGUGAUGCACUGCUGACCUACAAUCACAUCUCCAAUACCGUGGUCUGGAACUACUAUCGAGCAGCACGGGUUAUGCUCCAACAGCUUCUGCUCAAUUUGAACCGAAGUCUGCUCGCGAUUAUGAAGAAAAAGAGCAAGCGCGGUGGCUCCGCGUCCACCCAGUCCCCAUUGAGUGAGGACAGCCUACGCGCAAUCAUUCAGGAAAUGACAACAGAUGUCUGUCGGAGUAUCCCCUUCUCUUUGGGCGAUGUGGAUACCCUCGGCCGAUCUAUCCGGACGACAGAUGGCAAUUGGACCAUACGUGCUGGUCAAGGGUACGGGCUACUCUGGCCGAUGUGGUAUAUCCUCUCCUCCGGGAUGCCUACGCCGGAACAAGUAUCGCAAAUUCGGACUGUGUUAUCACGAGUAGGAUCUAAACUUGGGAUCAAGCUGGCGUUGACCCUUGCUCGUGAGGCUGAGCGAAUUCGAGGGGAUCUCAGCUCCGGCGGUGCACCUGAGUCUGCACCUGAAUCUGGACUCAGCUCUUAG